AUGCCUGGUGCGCUCGCCGUUCUUUUAUAUCUUCAAUGUUGUUGUAAUGGAGUGCGAGGACAGAACCAAACUUUACCGGGCUUCGGGGACACAGUCCAGGUUUUGGGAAAUAUGGAACGAACAGAUCAAGACUUCAGAGACGGCCUCGCCCUCGAUAUUCUUUCUCCUAAGCCCAGGACACUGGUCGUUACGCAAAACAAAGCGCCUUUGGCAGCAAUAUUUAUGACAGGGGAAACGGGCGGACCUUUUGUCGCUGUGUCCAACUACUCCUAUAUCAUCAAGAUGAACGAGACAGCCAACGAUCUCAUAGCCAAGAUAGAGAUACCGUAUGACCCGGUCGAACUACAACAACAAGGUCUAUUAGAAGCCAAUACUUUCGUUGCCUCUUUGGCACCGGAUGGGAGAAGCUGGACUGUGGACGACCAGACACGGAAUGUUCAUCGUAGCGAAAACAACACGCGGAUAGUGAAGAUGACCUCCAUAGAUGGAGAGUUCAUACUCGUGGCUCGGAAGACCGUCGAUACUAGUAAUGUCUUUAUACAGUAUGGACAAGGAGAAUCGAGGACGGCCAACAUGACUGCUGGUCCUGGGCUUCAAUGUGCAGAGUUCAUUGACGGGAUGAGGUUUACCGUCCAGACGAAUGUGGACCUGAGGAUGAACAUUGAGCUCAAGCAUGGUAUCAACCCAGGGACAUUGCCGCCUAACACCGUGUCCUUAAACUCGUACAUGUGGAUCAUAAAUACAAGCGCGCCGUUUGAGAGAGUCAAUGCCGAAAUGCUCGUACCUUUCAACAGGAUGAUGCUCACAGCAUUGAGACCUGACGGGUCCUCUCCCUCAACUAUGUUGACGGUCGGCCGACGAGCUUUGAACGCAACAAGCGGAACAUUCUUACCUUUUAAUCGUCUUGUACAAUUUGUGAAAGAGUUGCCGGAAGAUAAGGUCGUUGUACCGCAGGUAAACCAACUGGAUGGACAGUACAUUAUUCUUGUCACACAGCCUAAGGAAGUUGGCGAGACUACUCCACAUGCUGGGAUUAUUAAACCUGGAAGGCGUGAUGUAGAAAAGCCGCCCAGGUUGCGGGAUAAGGCGCUUCCAAAUGCUAGAUACCGGAUAGCUGUAUAA